AUGCCACCCGGGCGUGAGCAGCCCUCCAGUUCGCCCCCCGUCCCCAACCAGUCCGACGCGCCCUCCUCACUCCCUCUAGACUCGAACACACACGAUCAUCCGCAAGGCGACAUUGAACAAAAGCCCGUCAAUGACACCCGUCCCGCCCAUGCCUCGCCGCCCGCCGACUCGCCACCCCCCAACGGCGGCUACUGGGCGUGGAUGCAAGUCGCCGCCGCCUUCAGCAUCUUCUUCAACACAUGGGGGGUCCUAAACACAUUCGGCAUCUUCCAGACCUACUACGAAGGCGGCACCCUCUUCCACGAGUCCUCGUCCAACAUUUCCUGGAUCGGCUCCAUCCAAGCCUACUGCGUCCUCAUCGUCGGCCUCGUCUCCGGCCCCGUCUACGACCGCGGCCACCUCCGGCUGCUCCUGUUCGCGGGCUCGUCGCUCCUCGUCCUCGGCUUCAUGAUGCUCAGCCUCUGCCGCACCUACUGGCAGGCCCUCCUCGCGCAGGGCUUCUGCAUCGGCAUCGGCGCCGGCUGCCUCUUCGUGCCGUCGCUGGCCCUCCUCCCGACAUACUUUAGCACCCGGAUCGGGCUGGCCGUGGGCAUCGCCGCCUCGGGCUCCUCGCUCGGCGGCGUCGUCUACCCCAUUGUCUUUUAUCGGCUGAUUGGCGCCGUCGGCUUCGGCUGGACCGUGAGGACGAUUGGUUUUAUUGCGCUGGCGACGCUGGUGGUCCCGCUGUACUUUGCUGAGAUGCGCGUCAGGCCGCUGCGGGCGAGGGCCGUGCUGGACCGGUCUGCGUUUACGGACGGGCCGUAUGUGUUUUUUGUGGCGAGCACGUUGGUUGGGUUUGUGGGCUUUUACGUCGUCUUGUUCUAUGUUUCGUACUUUAGCGCCGCGACGGGCAUUGCGUCGUCGGAGAUGUCGUUUUAUCUGAUUCCGAUUCUGAACGCCGUGUCCAUGUUUGGCAGAAUACUGCCGAAUGCCGUGUCUGACAAGACGGGCCCGUUUAACUUGUUUGGCCCGGCGGCCAUUAUUUGCGGCGUCUUGACGUUUUGCCUCAUCGCGGUCAAGAGCCUCGGCGGCAUGAUUGCCAUUGUCGUUCUCUAUGGCUUCUUCUCGGGCGUCUUCAUCGCCAUACCGGGCGUUUGCUUUGUCAGACUGACCGAGGACAAGAGCAAGCUCGGCACCCGUAUCGGCAUGGGGUUUGCUGCGUUUGGGUUUGGCGUUCUCGCCGGCGGCCCCGGAGGCGGUGGUAUUCUAGGCACUGACCGGAGCGACCUGCACUGGAACUCGGUGUGGGUGUAUGGAGGAUGCACCAUGACAUGUUCUGGUGUUUUGCUGAUUGUUUUGCGAUUCUGGUUGUCGAGGGGGAGGCUUGCGCUGAAAAUAUAG